AUGGCCUCAUCGAUAAGGAUGGUUUUCUCUCGUCAUGGCGAGGCAACGAAUGCUGCAAAUGGCACGGUGGUGAGUGUAGCAACACCACUGGCCAUGUUAUCACCCUCCAGAUUUAUGGUGAAUUGCAAGGUGAUGAGUUGUGGAUUUUCUGGGAGCAUUCCUCCUCAAUUAGGGAACCUUACCAACCUACGCACACUUGACCUCAGUUGGAAUGAUUUCGGAGGCAUUCCUUUCCCAGAAUUCAUUGGCUCCAUGAAACAAUUACAACACUUGUCUCUUAGCGGUUGUAACUUUUCUGGAAGCAUUCCUCCCCAGUUAGGGAACCUUACCAACCUACGCUCACUUGACCUCAGUGGGAAUUAUUUUGGAAGCAUUCCUCCUCAAUUAGGGAACCUUACCAACCUACGCACACUUGACCUCAGGGUGAAUGAUUUUGGAGGCAUUCCAAUCCCAGAAUUCAUUGGCUCCAUGAAACAAUUACAACACUUGUCUCUUAGAGGUUGUAACUUUUUUGGAAGCAUUCCUCCCCAGUUAGGGAACCUUACCAACCUACGCACACUUGACCUCAGUUGGAAUGAUUUCGGAGGCAUUCCCAUCCCGGAAUUCAUUGGCUCCAUGAAACAAUUACAAGACUUGUCUCUUAGCGUUUGUAACUUUUCUGGAAGCAUUCCUCCUCAGUUUGGGAACCUUACAAACCUACGCACACUCGAUCUCUCGCAAAAUUCUUUGAGUUCCAUAUCUCCUUUCAUGUUUGGUUCCGUAUUUGGAUCACUCGAAACAUUGCACUUGUCUGAUAUAUUCACUGGUUUAAUGCCAAGCCUGAGAGUGUUUCCUUCAUUGAUAGAACUAGACCUUUCAGAAAAUAACUUUACAGGCUCUGUUCCUCUAAGUAUUGGCCAACUCUCCAAGCUUCAACUUCUAGAUCUUUCUCAUAAUUCUUUGGAAGGUAUAGUUCCUCCAAGUAUUGGCCAACUCUCCGAGCUUCAGUUUCUAGAUCUUUCUUAUAAUUCGUUGAAAGGUUUAAUCUCUGAAUCCCAUUUCAUAAAGCUUAACAAGUUAUAUAGACUUGAUUUAUCCUUCAAUCCGCUAUUUAUGUUGGAUAACGCCCCUGAUUGGAGUCCUCCUUUUCAGUUGAAUUAUAUAAAUUUAGCCAGGUGCAAUGUGGGCCAAUUUCCAAAAUGGAUUCACACUCAGAUGAAUUUGUUUCACCUUGAUCUCAGUCGUGCCAAUAUAACAGAUGAAGCCCCAAUAUGGUUGUGGAAUAUGUCUUCUUCAUUACAUUACUUAUAUCUUUACGAGAAUCAAAUAAGUGGUACAGUUCCAAUUAUCUCAUCCAUGUCCAUUUGGUGUAUGGAUCUUAGUUACAAUCAAUUCUCGGGUCGUAUACCACCAUUUCCUGUCAAUGCUUCUGUUGUUUUAUUGAGUGGAAAUAUGUUCUCUGGUUCAAUUUCAUCUAUUUGCAAAACUCACCAAAAGAACCUUAACUAUCUUGACCUCUCCAGUAAUCAGUUGGAAGGGGAGGUUCCCAACUGCUGGGAGAAUAUGCCCAACUUGGAGAUCCUUAAUUUGCCUAACAAUAACUUUUCGGGUGAAAUUCCUUUCUCUUUGGGCGGUUUACCAGAUCUUAGUACACUACGAAUGCAUGGUAAUAAUUUAUGUGGUGAAUUGCCUAAUAGUUUGAGACUUUCCCAAAGAUUGAGAUUCAUUGAUGUUGAAGGAAACAAGUUGACAGGAGAGAUCCCAUUUUGGAUUGGCCAGCUGUAUGAAUUGUUCUUUCUAAACCUCCGUGGAAAUAAAUUGCACGGAAGUAUUCCUUCCGAGAUAUGCAAUCUUACUAAUAUUCAAGUUCUGGAUUUGUCUAUAAACAAUCUAUCUUGGAUAAUACCUGAUUGCUUCAACAAUUUUACUGACUUUUCGAGGGAGGAAGAUGCCCGUCAAUCUGAAUAUCCUUUAGGUCCAAUAAUAUUUGUUGGCUUUCAGCCCAUAUAUCUUGCACCUCAUAUUGAGCGCUUUGGAUAUUCAUCAUUACAUUGGAAAGGUAAGGAACGUGAGUAUUGGGAAAAUAUCUUGUUUCUCAAACUCAUUGAUUUUUCGAGCAAUAGAUUGACCGGAAACAUUCCCAAAUCAUUUUCCACUAUGAGAGGAUUGAUAUCCUUGAAUUUGUCAAGAAAUAGUUUGACCGGACAUAUAAUUCCAGAUAUUGGUAAUAUGCAUAUGCUAGAUUCUCUUGAUCUAUCUCAUAACCAACUCUUAGGAAAGAUACCUACAAGUUUGGCAGAAAUACACACUCUUGGUUUUCUUGAUCUGUCGAACAACAAUUUGUCUGGAAAAAUCCCAACGGGUAUUCAACUGCAGGGCUUCAAUGCAUCGUUUUAUGCUGAUAAUGACGGACUAUGUGGCAACCCUCUGCCAAUUUGCCCCGAAGAUUCCUUGAGGCCAUCUACCACUAAUUCAAGGGAAAACAUGAAUGAGAAAGACAACAUCUUCUCAUUUAAGCAAGAAGUUGGCAUAUCAAUGGGCUUUGGUUUUAUCUUUGGAUUUUGGGGAGUUAUUGGUUCAUUCAUACUGAAGAAAUCAUGGCGAAUUGCAUUCUUCAACUUUUUCGAUGCUGCUGGAGAUUGGUUCUACGUCACGAUUGCUGUGUUUGUAUCCAAAUGGAGACGAAGCUGA